AAACCCCGGUCUUGGCAACGACGUGCAACCCGGCACUUUGCCCUCACCCCCCUCACCCCCCUCGCACCAUUGCACCAACCGCCUUUGUUCCAUGCCCAUUCCACCAAACACACUUCCAUGCCGCCACUCAGCUCACUCUACCUCGUGCACAUGCCCGCGCUUCUUUUCAAUCACUACGCCAUUUUCCAUCUACAUGAAAUUUCGAUUCAUUCCCCCGCGCAAUGCCACGUUCCCCAUGCCUCUCAUGCCUCGAUCAUCUGCCUCUCCGUCCGCGUCAUCGCAUCUUCUUGUCCGCGUAAGGCGUCACAGGAUGCUGUGUCAAUGUUUCAGCUACCCGCCACAUGUUCUCUUCUUCCUCUCCCUUGGCUUCCCACAACAGGCACACUUCUACUAGUACUCUUCACUUGGCUUGCACCCACCUUCCUGUUCCUGACUUUUGUUCCUGACCCUUCGUGCCUGCUGACUAGCCGCGCAAAAACCGUUUGGGGGUUCGCGGCAAAAAGCAUCGGAGCUAUUUUUUUGUCCCUGCACAUUCUUGCUCGGUCUACCUACAUAUUUGUAGGGCUGCGAUCACAUCUUGGUCAUGACUAGUGGACCCUGCCAAUACCGAUGCAUCCAUACAUCGCCGAUCAACCUCGAUAAUUAACUAGUGUAUACAUACUUACACAUUUUCACAUACAUACAUACAUGUACAUACAUUUCCCCAUCCACCAAUACACUCC